AUGGCCCAGAAAUGUGGAGGGCGCAUCCUGACUGAUGAGGAGGUCCAUGAGAAUGUCAUGAAGGCACUAGCCUUGGAGGAAAAGAAAGACCUGCGACGCCUGGGUAAGGAGUACGAGGAACGCCGCGUGGAUGUAGUGGAUAAUGUUUGUGGCGAGGAUGGCAAGCCGCUGCCAGAGAUGGACGCCGUCGUCCUGAAGAACAAGACGAGUGCGACCAACUCCUUGUCACAGACAGAGUGGGCAUCCAUGGAGGCUGCAAUGCCCGCUGAAGAGCGGCAGACGCAUCGGAAUCUCCAGGUGUACUUUAUGGAGAGGGCCAAGGCCGCCGGUGUGAAAGAACAGAAGGAGGAGGACGAGGACGAUGAUGACCCCGAGAUGUUAGCCUUGAUCGGCGACGGUACAGAUGCGCCCGAGGGAGGCCAGGAUGAACCAUUAGUUGGAAGAAAAGAACAUGUAAGCACGAAAAACAUCUAA